CGCGAGGCCGCUCGAACCGCCUCUUGGUUCAACACAACAAUAUCAUACGGAUUACCGCAUUCUAGCUCGCAUAUCGAGCCCCCCUUGCUCUGCGCUUCCCGACCUUGGUCCCGACUCGGGUGCCAACGCGACCCUCAUUCACCCAGGAACCGUCUGAUUCCGCAAGGCAUGCAUAGACAUGGCAACGCAGGUGUUGGUCGCCCAUACGGGCCAGUGCCUGCAAAUAGACGCUUCGCAGCUUGCAUCACUGGAUGACUUCAAAGCCACAGUGGCCCGGCGUACCUCGAUACCACCACAGUGUAUCAUUACCCUGACCCCGCAGGGGAAACCGCCCAAACUACAGAGCAUACAGACCGAGAAGGAAAUAUACGUCUACGACAACCGCCUGGCCCAGCCGCUCUCCCCAGGGGCUGCGCCCGGCCCAAAAUUCGAGCUUCCGGUCCCUAAGCGCUACAAUGUCCCGAGCCCCCCAAAUUCGAUCCACGACGCGAGGACUGUCGACUGAUGGCUGCCGCGACGGGGGAACGCUACAACGAGAUGGACGUCAUGUUACGAUGUCUCGAUGCCGCCGUGACCAACCUCGAGUCCGUCAUCAAGGGGCUUGAGCCCAAGUAUGCAGAAUUCAAGAAAUGGGUCCCGGCGGCACAGGCCGACUAUAGUGCGCUGACGGCCGGGUGGGAGCAGUACCUGUCUCUUGCGCGGAGCAUCCCCGCUUCGCCCGCCAUGGUAGGCUACAUGACCGGCCGCGAUGCUACCGAGGUCUUAGGAUGGGCCCAGCGCCAGCCGACUCUAGAGGAUCUGAUCGACUUGGAGGCGGCGCGGAAGGCGGGCCGUCUCGCACCUGCAGCGCUUCGGAACUUCACUGCCAGGGUCGCAGACCUGGAGAAGGCUGCAACCAGGCUGUUCCAGGACGCCGAGCACCUCUUCCGCGAAUUCGAGAACACGGUCGAACGCUCCGCCAUGUCCCAUAGAGGCGAGUGCCAGCAGCUCGCUCACGACAUCGAGGCGCUGGCCAAGAAGAUCCACACCGACUACCAGGCGACGCUUGAGUACACCAGCUCCUCCCGAGACGUUCUGUUGCAGGCUUCCAAGGUCGCCGCCAAUCACACCGAGCGCCUGUUACCGAGCAUGAGCAAGCGGGCUCUCGAAAUGGACGACAUGCUUCGGUACGCGACCCAGGCGAGGAACUCACUUGCCGCGGAGUCGGUAGAGUUCAUGCGGAGCAUCACUGAUAUCACGGCCUUGAGCCACACCGUCAAGUCGCAAUUGAACGCAGUGAACCAGGAGGACGAAUUGGCUACCUUCGAUUGCCUCCGGCUCAUCCAGCAAAUUCCUUACAUGUAUGCGUCUUUUGUGGCGGAGGCAGUCAAGCGCCGCGAAUGGUUUGACAAGCUGAAACAAGACUCGUCCACGCUGGCGAACGAGAUGGCCCUGUUCCAGGAGGAGGAAAGCAAGCGACGCAGGAGGUGGUACAAGUCGAUUGGGAACGCCUUUGGGGCGGAGACCUCCAAUCUGGAGGAUCAUGUUCCCGGCUUGGAAGUGAACCUCCUUGGGGAAGAGGAGCGAUGGCCGGCCAUGACCAGGAGAGAUCUGGAGGAGUUCCAAAUGCUCUUACAGGCCAAUAAUGCCGAUCCCACGAUUGUCGAAGACGUCAGGAAGAUGAUCGCGGAACUGAGCAGCCCUACGAAGCAGCAAUCAAAGCGGAUGAGGGCCUUUAAGAACGGCAGCGUCCAUGAGGCCGUGCUCGGGCGGAGCGGAUUAUUGAUCAGGGGCGAUGACGACCUUCUUCGGUCUCUCCAGGAUGACAAGUCUAGACUGGAAAACAAGCUGAAGACGGCUGAGAGCCGUGUGCGGCGGCUCGAGGAUCUGCUCCACCGGCAGACCCAGGCAUCGCGGCCCAACUUGGGCAAUCUCUUCCAGAUGCCGAGCCAGCAGCUGUCCGACCGUGGAGACUUGAGCAUCUCUGUCAAGUCCCCGCAGACGCUGGAAGACCGGAGAAAAUCGGCGGAGGGCGUUGAGGCCCUCGCACAUCGAGUCCAACAACUAGAGGCUGAGCUGAGCGCAGAGAAGGAACGGUCCGCCGCGCUGGAGAGGGACCUCGAUGGGCAGCUGACGCUGCACAGCGGCAUCCAAGGCCAAAUCGAUGAAGCCAACUCCACAAAGAAAGACCUCCUGGAGAAUCUGGAGGCUCUCAAACGGGAGUUCACCGAGGAGCGGAAAUCUCUCGAGGAUGAGAUCAAGCGUUUGCAGGCACGGUUAGAGGACACCGAAGACGAAAUCGAACACUUCGGAGAGUCCAGGGAGAACGAGAAAGCCGCAUAUGAGGAGACGAUCCAGGCCCUGAGACUCGAAAUUGAGAAGUUAACCAAGGAGAAAGACGAUGAGGCCCUCAAAAAUGAAGGCAAAAUCAACUUUCUCCGCACAGAAACUCGCACGCAGCGCGAGACGCUCGAGGCGCGAGAGCGGCAGCUCCAGGCGGCCCAGGACGAAGCCAAAGAAAGGGGCAAAAAGGUCGAUGUACUCAGCGACUUGGUCGACAUGCAUACCAAAGCGUUGCGGGAUCUUUGGGGCCAGUUCUCACCGGGCGAAUCGGUCCCCGACGAGCCCGCCGAUCUCGUCCACAGCCUUUCAUUGAAAGUCAGCGACGCCUUGGGUAGGGUGCGAAGUGCGGAUGCCGACAUCUCCCUGCUCCGGUCAGAGCUCGAUUCGGCACAUGAUGCGCUCAGAUCCCUGAGGGCAGAAAAGGCGGCCCUUUCUGAGCAGCUCUCGGGCGAGGAGGCGACGUCAAUCCGCCUCCGCGAAUCUCUUGCCGAGGAGAAGGCCAAAGUCGUCGCGCUGGAGGCCGAGUUAGCGGACGGACAGGAGCAGCUCAGCCAACUGCGUGCCAGGAUUGCCGACGGGGAGACAGGGUCCGAAUCUCUUCGGAAGCGGCUCGACGAAGAGGAGAAGAAGAUGGCGCUGGUAGCGGGCGAGCUGGCUUCGCGGCAGUCACAAGUCGGCAGUCUAGAGGAAGAAGUCCGCCAUCUCAGGGAGAGGCUCCAAGACUCACAGGCCAAGUUGUCUCAUCUCACCGUUCGGUUUGAUACUCGGUCAGAGCACGCAAAAGACCUGACGCAGCGCCUGUACUCCCAAAAUGAGCGAUUGACUCGCCUGCUCGAGCGACUUGGGUUCUCGGUGACUCGCCAGGGUAAGAGCAUGACAAUCCAGAAGGUGCCUCGGUCCGAGCGGUCAUCGCAAAACGCAAACGAUUCGGACCCCAGCUCAUCGCUGCGCCGAUCCGGCACUUUUGCCAGCCGCGGUGCCGUUGUCGACAGUGUCGAUCUCGACCUCCUCAACUGGGUGAACUGCUCCGAUGCUGAAGCCGAGUUGGGCAAGUACGACGCUUACCUGUCUUCGUUGGGUUCGUUCGACGUGGAUGCGUUCUGCGAUGUCGUGUAUCGGCGCGUGAAAGAUGUUGAGCACAUGGCGCGCAAGCUGCAGCGCGACGCGCGGGCAUACCGGGAGAAGGCACAUGCCCUGCAGAAGGAAGCGCACGAGAAGAUUGCGUACAAACACUUCAAGGAAGGCGACCUUGCCCUCUUCCUUCCCACGAGAAACCAGACGACGGGGGCCUGGGCGGCGUUCAACGUGGGGUUUCCGCACUACUUUCUCAAGGAGCAAGAGGCACACCGAUUGCGCAGCCGUGAGUGGCUCGUGGCCCGCAUUUCGCGCAUCCAGGAACGCGUUGUGGACCUUUCCAAGUCGCUUCAGAACCCGCCAGGAGCGGGCAGAAAGGGCGGCGGCGGCGGGGAGUCCGAGACAGUUCUCGACGACGACAACGACAACCCGUUUGAUCUGUCAGACGGCCUUCGCUGGUAUUUGAUCGAUGCUGCCGAGGAUAAACCUGGCGCGCCGUCCACCCCAGGCCUUGCCAAGAGCACAGUGGCCGCCAAUAACGUCGAGGCGAUGGCUGAGCGGCAUACCCCGGGGAGGUCAGGGCUGAAGGGAGGAGGGCCAGGGGCCCGGAGCGGCGUUGCCUCGGGUAUCGAAGGGGUCAGCAAAACGCUAUCUAAAAGCCUCGAGAGCCGCCGAUCCAGCACGGGCUCUAAGAAAGCCCUGCCGUUUGCGAUCGGGGUUUCCAGGGGGCGGGAUAGCGCAGCGGCCAGCGAUACUAACUCGCUGCGGGCGGUACCCGCCGACACACCGCGGCCGGCAAGCCCGACACAGCAGCACGCGGCAGCCCACGGCGUAUCGCACCACGAGUCCCCGCAGGCACCGGCGCAUGCUGCUGAAGCUGCGAGCGCAAUCAACGGUAGUGGAGUGUCGGCGAACGCAGGCAGCGGGCAGCAGCUGACCGAGUCGCGUUUCGAGGUUCGCAACGAGAUGGAUUCUCUUAUGGGACCCUGAUCUAUUCGCC